AUGGUCCAAAAAUUUGAUAUAGAAGCUAACGAAGAAAUGCAUGAAUCUUCGGCUGGUUCACAUCAUCGAUCAUCGUUGAAUCAAAACGAAUCCGAUGUCUUAUCAUCAUGUGAACAAGUACUUAUUGAAGAUCAACAUAGAAGUAAAUUUCCAAAUAUCGAUCAUCAUAUUAUUUCACCGUCAAUAAAUGGUGCAAAAAAUGGAUCCCUACAUCUUCCCAAUGUUACUGAAGAUGACGAAGAUGCAAAAGAGCCCACAGAAUCCAUAACACAUUCAGCAGACUUUUUUCGUUGGACUCAUGGCCAUCGACAUGUGAUGUUAACAUUUUGUACAAUAUGUCUAUUUGGUUUUAUGACCGGUGUUGAAUAUGCCGUGAUUUUACCAACUGCAUUUGAUUAUGUUAAAACAAUGACGAAUGCGAAUAUUUAUGUUGGUUUAAUCCUUUCGUUCUAUAGUAUAUCUGGUGCCAUAGCUGGAGUUAUUAUGGGGAAAAUUUCUGAUAUAACUGGAAAAGUUAAAGUUCUUAUACUUGUAUCAAGUAUAUUUGAAAUAGCUGGAAAUAUUCUAUAUUUUCUUACAAAUAAUAUUCAUAUUGUUCUAUUGGGAAGAUUAGUUUCUGGGGUUGGCCUAGGCGCAGUACCACCAAUUCUUGCGGAUGUAGCUCAUCGUACAACAGAAAAAGAUCGCACGAAAGCUAUUUCGAUUAUAUUGGGAUGUCGACAACUUGGUCUACUGAUUGGUCCAUGUUUUACACUUCUUGUUAGCAAGAUGAACUUUCAUAUAGGUUCAGUUCAUGUAAAUCAUUACAAUGGUCCAGGAUUUUUAAUGGCUUGUAUAUGGGUAACACUUCAUAUUGCUUGUUGGUUUUGCUUCUAUGAUCGGACGCCAUCAACAACAACAGGACCAUCAGCAUCGGAUGAUUCUCCUAAACAUAAAUAUACCCGAUCGGAUCAGCCAAUGCGACAAGAAGAGCAAAAACUAUCACCGAAAAUUUAUGUUGAUCAAUACAUGCGUGUUGAAAUGUUUGUUUUAUUUUGUGCUACAUUUAUUGCCUACUUCAAUCAAACGGCAUUAGAAACAAUCGUAGCUGCAUUUACAGAGAAACAUUUUAGUUGGAAUACAUUUCACACAUCUAUAUUAUUUGCAUGCGCUGGUCUAGAAAUCAUUUUCGUUUAUCUAUCGCUUGUAUUCGUACUUUCAAAAAGAUUUGAAGAUAGAUUUUUACUUGCCUUUGGUUUUAUGUCAUUAACACUUGCUUGCACUAUAGGAACAUUUUUCACUUGGGCAUCUUAUUCAUGGGGUUGGUCUGGAAAAUCAAACGCUGGCGUUGUUGAUAUGCGUUUAUUCACAAUGUUUAUUAUUUUUGUCUUUCUUGAUUUACUCGGUUUACCAUUUCUAGCAGCUACUAGUGUAUCCUUGUUUACCAAAUUAACUAAGAAAGAGCUGCAAGGAUUCUCUCAAGGUAUUCAACGUCUGAUUAUGGGCAUUGGAACUAUAAUUGGUCCGAUAUUUGCAUCAACACUGUUAACUCGUCUUCAUAUUAUGAUGACAACAAUGCUUGGAUUGACUGUAUUCACUCUGAUUUCAUUAUUUAUUGUUCUUAAACGUUUACGUCCAUUAUCACAAAAGAUUGCGCCAAAUGAACUGAAAGAUGCAAAUAAUAAUUUAAACGAUGGUUCGCCUAUUGAAGAUGAUAACGAUGAAUCAGCAUUACAAUUAUCAUCGAAAAACUGUUAUGUUACACUUGUUCAACAAGAUGACGAACAAGACGAACGUUCAUUUAGUAAAAAUUCAAAAUAUGACUCAUUAACAAAGCGCUUAUCGAAUAGCUUAACAACAAAUAUUGAUUCACAAAAUCGUCCAUCAACACAUAGUACACAUCGAUUCGAUACAAGUUCAACUAAUGUCAUUUGCUUAUCAGAUGAACAAAAUCGAAUAUUAAAAACAUAA